UCCCAGCCCCCUAAUUACCAUCUGCUGUAAAUGCUUCGUGUCCCGGGGAGGGUCUGAGGAAUCAGGAGCUCCGAGGAGAAACGUCUGUCUGAUAGAAGAGGAAGUGGAUUCCUCGCUCCACACGAGCCGAUUCCCGAUCCUCACGUAUAUGAGGCCGCCUCGUCCGGGUGCUGGAUCCGCUGCAUCUCACCGUGUGUCCCGGGGCUGGGAGUGAACCGCAUCCCGGCGGAGGAGGUCAGAAUAUCUGCCGCUGAACAAGGACUCAGACAUGAGGCCGGGGCAGCUUCUCAGACAUGUCUUAUGGUCGUUCCUCACUAUAUCUCUAUCUGAUCCAUCGUCUGUACCCCGGCAGGGGGCUGAACCCCUUUCCCAGAACCCCAACAUUACUCAGGAAAGGACCCCAAUAACAGCAAAGGAUUCUAUAAUCCACCCCGAGAUCCACCCAACCGCUCCGGGGUCAGGGGCCCGUUCUAGGACGCGGCAUGGAGAGGAGAGGACAUCGGACCAGCUGUGGGCCUUCGGUGAGAUGAGCGCCGGUAACCAAGGGAAGGAGACGCUGAGUUUGUGUCCCGGGAACCAGGUGCACGACGGGGUGAGAUGCGGCUGCCCCGAGGGUCUGUCGCCGGCGGGGGAGGACUGCGCAUGUCCGGCUGGAUUCUCUCUGCUCCCCGGAGUCCUGCGCUGUGCAGACGUGGACGAGUGCGCCGCCCCUGACCCGCCGUGCGGAUUAUUCUCUAACUGCACCAACACCGUCGGCUCCUACGCCUGCCGCUGCCUCCGGGGGUAUCUGAGGGGCCAACAUGGCUGUGAAGACGUGGACGAGUGCCGGGUGGCAGCAGUCACCGGUCUCCAGGCCUGCCCGCCACGAGCCUCCUGCACCAACACCGCCGGCUCCUUCACCUGCUCCUGCCGGGGCGGCUUUGUGCUGAGCCUGGACGGCAGACACUGCGUGGAUGUUGAUGAGUGCGCGUUCGAGGAGGAGUGCCGCCGGGAGCUCGGGAACCUCUGCGUGAACACGGAGGGCGGCUACCGCUGCGACUGCCAGCCGGGAUUCCGGGAGUCGGGAAACGCCUGUGUCGACGUGGACGAGUGCGCGGAGGAUCCUGGGGUCUGCGCGGGACGCGGCAUCUGUGAGAACGUCCUCGGCAGCUACGGCUGCGGCUGCCACGCGGGCUUUCGGGGCAACGGGACUUACUGCGAAGAUGAGAAUGAGUGCGCCUCCGGCAGGCACGGCUGUGAUGUGAACGCUCACUGCGGGAACGUCAUCGGCUCGUAUUUCUGCCAGUGCUACCAGGGCUUCAACGGAGACGGACGCAGCUGCUUCGACGUUGACGAAUGCUCGGCGGGGAACGGGGGCUGCGAGCAGCUGUGCGAGAACCAGGUGGGCAGCUUCCGGUGCCGGUGCAACCGCGGGUACAGGCUGCAGGAUGCCGGGAGAAACUGCACCGAUAUCGAUGAGUGUGAAACAGCCAAUGGGGGCUGCGAGCAGACGUGCCGGAACGUCCUCGGGUCCUACGAGUGUUCCUGCCGGAGGGGGUUUCAGCUGCACGUGGACGGCAGGCAGUGCGUCGAUAUCGAUGAGUGUAAGAUUGGGAACGGGGGAUGUUCCGGCGCCUGCAACAACACGGAGGGGGGCUUCCGCUGUGUCUGCCCCCCUCACCAGGCGCUUGCCCCGGACUACAGGACUUGCAUCAACAUCACGUCAUGUGACCUGAAGAACGGCGGCUGCGAGCAGAUCUGCAGCGAGCGGCAGGAGUCCGGCGUUGAAUGCGGCUGCCGGCCCGGCUGGGUCCUCGGCAGCAACAGGAGGACGUGCGACGACGUGGAUGAAUGCGCAGAUUUUACCCGUGGGGGGUGCGAGCAGGAGUGCGAGAACCAGCCGGGAACCUACAACUGCACCUGCGCGACGGGGUUCACUGUACGCUCUGACGACCCCACUAAAUGCCAGCCUGUGUGUAACCCCCCCUGCCAAAACUAUGGGGUGUGCGUGGCUCCCGAUACCUGCGACUGUCCGGCAGGAUACCCCGGGCCUGGAUGCUCAGCGAUGUGCUCCCCACCCUGCGCUCAUGGAGGAACCUGCAUGCGACACAACACUUGCUUGUGCCCAGUAGGCUGGACGGGGCCUGGGUGCCAGACAGCGGUAUGCGAGCUGCCCUGUGCCAACGGAGGGCGCUGUGUGGCCCCAGAAACCUGUGAGUGCCCAUCAGGGUACAGCGGAGGGCAGUGCCUGACACCACUCUGCUCUCCUCCCUGCCUGAAUGGUGGAAAAUGCAUCGAUACCAACAGGUGCGCGUGUCCCAGCGGGUGGCUGGGGGGCCGGUGUCAGAUAGAGCCGGUUCGCUGCGAGAAGCCGUGUCAGAACGGCGGGAAAUGCGUCGGGUACAAUUCCUGCCGCUGCCCGGCCGGCUUCCUGGGGCCGCGGUGCGAGACGGCGGUGGUCGAGCCUUGCGUCCCCCCUUGCCAGCACGGAGCCACCUGUACGCAGUUCAAUAAAUGCGCAUGCGCGGAAGGCACGGCGGGCCAUAGAUGUGAGAAACUUACCUGCCCCAUCGUCACCACAAAGGUGAGCACGGCCCGGGCCGUCCGGCAGGGCGUUCGGGAGAGCUACGUGGAGCGCUGCGGGCCCCUGGGAGUUCAGCUGUGUACCAAGUACCGGAUUAACCAGGUCCGGGUUUAUGUCCAGGCGUACGUGGUGGGCUACAGAAUCCAGUGUCCCAGCCGUAACCGAGCGUGACGCAGAACUUUCCGGCAAAUAAACCCCCGACGCACACCUCGGAGCCUACUGACCACCCAACACCGUCCAGCAGCCCCUC